AAGCAUAUGAGUGGGACAGCCUAUAUGUUACGGACAUAGUCCACUUCAGUGAGGCAAUGAGUCUAUGUUUGUCUGGCUUUACUUAAAAUGAGAUUCAACCGUUUCGGAGUUUAUAAAAAAUUCUUGCACAUCUAUCAAGCACAAAGUGCAAUUGGACACCGCCACGUACCUGCGGAAUCCAAGAGGGUCAUGCGGCCCGAUGAUGCCAACAUCGUGGGAAAUGUCCAUGGAGGAACCAUCCUGAAGAUGAUCGAGGAAGCGGGGGGCAUCAUUAGCACACGGCACUGCAACACCCAGCCAGGGGACCGCUGCGUGGCCGCCCUUGCCCGGGUGGAGCGCACCGACUUCCUCUACCCCAUGUUCAUCGGAGAGGUGGCGCACGUCAGCGCUGAGAUCACCUACACCUCCAAGCACUCGGUGGAGGUGCAGGUCAACGUGCUGGCGGAGAACAUCCUGACCGGGGCUAAAAAGGUGACAAACAAGGCCACGCUUUGGUACGUCCCAUUCUCCCUUCAAAACGUGGACAAGAUCAUCGAAGUCCCUCCCAUUGAGUACACCAACCAGGAGCAAGAGGAAGAGGGGAAAAAGCGCUACGAGGCACAGAAGAUGGAGCGCUUGGAGACCAAGGAGAGGAACGGGGAGAAGAUCUGGCCUGUAAUCAGCCCAGACAGACAAACAAAAGGCACGUUCACUGUGGGGUUCAGCCAGUCCAGCCUGAUCCACCUGGUAGGACCCUCAGAUUGCACACUGCUAGGCUUCGUCCAUGGAGGGGUGACGAUGAAGCUGAUGGAUGAGGUCGCCGGCAUUGUAGCCGCCCGGCAUUGCAAGACCAACAUCGUCACGGCCUCGGUGGACGCCAUCAACUUUCACCGCAAGAUCAAGAAAGGCUGCAUUUUGACUGUCUCUGGCAGGAUGACCUUCACCAGUAAGAAGUCCAUGGAGAUUGAGGUGUUUGUGGAUGCUGACAACCUGGUGGAGGCAGACAAGGGGAAUUACCGCGCUGUCACCGCCUUCUUCACCUACAUCUCCUUGGAUAAGGAGGGCAAGCCUCUUCCUGUUCCCCCACUGAAGCUUGAGAAUGAGGAGGAACAGAAGCGCUCCGAAGAAGGGGAAGCACGCUACCUACAGAACAAAGCUAAGCGGCUCUCCGAGAAGGAGCAGCAAAAAUGAGCUGUGACGGAGGAGCUGCUCACGUCAGACACCCCUCCGCAGCGUCGCAGUAAAACCUCAUAGAAUGAUGAUAACUUUCAGUUCUACUUGAAGUAACACAAAGUUUGUUUUAAGUGCUGCAUACCAAAGCAUCUGGAUAAGUUUAAAAACACUGUUGUUUAACCUUAAACGAUUUAUUUGUUUUAUUUAUAGAUUUAAUCUCUGUAUGUACAAACAAAGAGAAAUCAUGGUUUGUCGUGCACCAUAAAUAAAUACUGUCCAUGUGACUCUUCCACUCA